GUACAAUAUAUCCAUCUACAGAAAGCAAGAGUAAGAUUCGUAUAUUAUUGGUCGUCUAGUAAAUUUCAGUUUGUUCACUGAAAGUUUAUCCUCUAAAGAUGGAUUCUGAAUAUGAGUCUGCUCAACACAUAGCAGCGUCAUCCCCGAUGGACCACUUUCAUCAGAAUGAUCCAGAUGGUCGCAAACAUUCAAACCUUCAACAGGUGCCAGCCUAUGCAAUGAAUGAACAUGGAGAUCACCAUGGUCACAGUAAUACUCCAGAUGCCUACGAACAACACCAAAGUAGAGACCAACAAUAUUCAUCAGCAGACCCAAACAACAACUUACCCCAAGAUCAAGCCAUGGCUAACAAACCAACAUUAAUAUACAGCCAUGAAAUGCUGAGUCAGCAGGCCCAAAAGCUCAUUGAUGACAUCAAUGAGAAGAGAAAGCAAGACACUGUACUUAUGGAAGACUAUAGGAAAUCAUUGGAAUUAAAUGUCCAAAAGCAAUGUGCGGCUGUAGAGGAACACAUGUUUGGUCUCUAUGAAACAACAGGCAAAACCAUCCAAACAAAACUCCAGGAACUUUAUUCUACAUUUGAUCGUAUUGCUAAGCUGGAGGAUGAACUGAAUCAAUUUAAAAGUGCCCUUGGGAUGCUAUAUCAGGAUGUCAAUUCUUCUGAGUGACAGUAAAUGGGCAAAUUAAUUCUGGUAAAAUUAUUUCGAGAAACAUAUAGUGCUAUUUGUCUCUCUGAAUUACUAAUCUCCAUGGAGCAAACUAUAAAAUUCUCAUUUUGGUAAUCUUUCCAAUCUGGGUGCAAACUGAUCCUCAACUGGGUGCAAAAAUGAUCCACAAUGGGGUGCAAAUUGAUCCUCAAACUGGGUGCAAACUGAAUAAUCAAUUCCACUUAUAUAUAGUUAUGCUGAUGAGACUGCCACAGUAAGUUUAAACAAGGGGAGAGUAUGGCAAUUUCAAAUAAAAUAACCACAGAGA